AAAGCUUCGGAAAGAGAGACAAAAAUCAAAAACACACACACACACACCAAAAUUAAAAUAUAUAUUUAAAUAUAUUGUUAUUACGUUAUAAUGUUACGAGUGACUAUGGGAUUGCCGCUGAAGCGCUGGGCCCAGGCGUUGCAUGCUCAAGUGAGGAAUGCCACAGCCGUGCCGCGCCCCAAGUUGCCGGCUGAGCCGAAGCGUAGCGCAUUGCUGGGCAAUGUGCUGGUCGAUGAGGUGGAGGAUUUGGUUUACUGCGAGGGCAAGAAGAACAAACCAGCCAAGUCGGAGCAGCAGGCAAAGGCGCCGGCAGAUGCAAAGGAGCCAGCCAAACCAGAGGCGCCACCAGUACAGGCGUCCAAAGCAGAAAAGCCGUCAGCAAAGGAUGAGAAGCCGCCAGCAGCGAAGGCAGCUAAAGGUGGAGAUGACUGCUCGGACGGCAAGCCCGAGCAGCCAAAGAAAAAGGAGGCGCGCAUUAAGAGCUUCGAUAUUUAUCGCUGGUCCCCAGGCGAGAAGCCCAAGAUGCAAACAUUCCAAAUCGAUUUGAACGAUUGCGGCGCCAUGGUGCUGGACGCACUGAUCAAGAUCAAGAACGAAAUGGAUCCAACGCUGACAUUCCGUCGCUCCUGUCGCGAGGGCAUCUGCGGCAGCUGCGCCAUGAACAUUAAUGGCGUCAAUACGCUCUCCUGUAUUACAGCUAUAGAUACGAAUGUCGGCGCGCAUUGUCGCAUUUAUCCGUUGCCGCAUUUGUAUGUGAAGCGAGAUCUGGUGCCGGAUCUGUCGCAGUUCUAUGAUCAAUAUCGCUCCAUUCAGCCCUGGCUGAAGCGCGAUAAUUUGCAGCAGGAGAUGGGCCAGUCGCAGUAUCUGCAGUCGCUCGAUGAUCGCGUUAAGCUGGACGGACUCAUCGAGUGCAUUCUGUGCGCCUGUUGCCAGACUUCGUGUCCUUCCUAUUGGUGGAACAGCGACAAGUAUUUGGGUCCAGCUGUUCUAAUGCAAGCCUAUCGCUGGGUCAUCGAUUCUCGCGAUCAGGCCACCGAGGAGCGUCUGGCUCAGUUGACAGAUCCCUGGAAGCUUUAUCGCUGCCACACUAUUCUCAACUGCACCAACACUUGCCCCAAGAAUCUCAAUCCGGCCAAGGCCAUCAUAGCUCUGAAGCAGCUUAUGGCUGGCGCCAAGAAGAAGCCCGAGCCGACUCUACAAACUGAUGCACUGUUCCAGUCCAAAUGCUAGACGAGGAUUCCUUUUAAUUUGACUAAAUGUACACAUGUGUUUUAACAUCAUGUAUUCCAAUUAAACAUUACUAGUUGUUCUAUUGUUCA